CACUCAUCCUCCCAAUGAGCGGCCUUGGCUUUUCUCUCAUCAUACCUCUCAAACUUAUGCUACUCUCUCCCUCCUCCCUCUCUCUCUUUCUCGUAACUAAUAUUAUAGCCCACUCAAAAAUCUCUCUUCUUCUCUCCCACCACCGUUAAUAUUUUUUUCCCUUUACUACCUCAAAACUCUCGCUCAUACUUAAAAAUUUGUAGCACCAAAAAGAAGAAAAACAAGACUAAAAACAAAAGGAAAAGAAAAAAAAAAUAGAGUAUUGCCAUUAAAUGCAAUAAUGGCAAUUGAUUGUAUAAGUACCAUGACUACCCCAAACAAAGCAUCCAUGCCUCGUCAUCUUUCGAAAGUCGAAGAGCCACAUGACGAUCAUCGGAAACAGCUAGUUUUUGAUGCUUCGGUGCUUCGACACCAGUCGAACAUACCGACCCAAUUCAUAUGGCCAGACGAGGAAAAGCCCUGUGCCAAUGCCCCAGAGCUCCAUGUACCGCUCAUCAACUUGGGGGGCUUCUUGUCCGGUGACCCGGAAGCAGCAAUGGAGGCCUCCCGGCUCGUAGGAGAGGCUUGUGAAAAGCAUGGCUUCUUUCUUGUCGUCAAUCAUGGCGUCGAUUCCAAGCUCGUUACCGAUGCCCACCGCUACAUGAAUGAAUUCUUCGAAUUACCACUUCAGAAAAAACAGAGAGCUCAGAGGAAAGUAGGGGAACACUGCGGCUACUCCAGUAGUUUCACUGGUCGUUUCUCAUCGAAACUCCCCUGGAAGGAAACACUUUCUUUCCGCUACUCCGCCAAGAAAAACUCCGACAACGUCGUCAAAGACUAUCUCCGAAACAAAAUGGGUGAAGAGUUCGAACAAUUCGGGAAGGUUUACCAGGAUUACUGUGAUGCCAUGAGUAAGCUUUCUCUCGGAAUCAUGGAGCUUCUGGGAAUAAGCCUCGGAGUAGGCAAAGCCCAUUUCAAGGAUUUUUUCGAAGACAACGAUUCUAUAAUGAGACUCAAUUACUACCCUCCAUGCCAGAAACCCGAUCUCACAUUAGGAACCGGACCUCAUUGUGAUCCAACAUCUCUAACCAUUCUCCACCAAGACCAAGUGGGAGGACUCCAAGUAUUCGUCGACGACGAAUGGCGUAUCAUUGCUCCAAAUUUUGACGCCUUUGUUGUUAACAUCGGUGACACCUUCAUGGCUCUUUCGAAUGGAAGGUACAAAAGUUGUUUGCACCGAGCGGUGGUGAAUAGCAAAGCGUCAAGAAAAUCUCUGGCAUUCUUUUUAUGUCCCGGAAAUGAUAAAGUGGUAAGUCCACCAAGUGAAUUAGUGGACCAUUCAAGCCCUCGGGUUUACCCGGAUUUCACUUGGCCUAUGCUCCUUGAGUUUACUCAGAAGCAUUACAGAGCUGACAUGAAGACCCUACAAAUCUUCUCCAAGUGGCUACGCCAGAACAACAACUGAGAGAUAUUUCAUCAUAUACAAAAUCUGGGCUUGUUAUGGGAUCGAUCUCUCUAGUGCGUAAAAGAAAAAGUUAAAAAAAAGAAAUUGGCGUUCAGGAGAGCAAUGAUUGAGAUGAAGGGAAAAGUUGGGUUUUUUUUUUUUUUUUUUUAAUUUGGAAACAAGGAAAGAAGAAUAUUUUUAAUGUGUUAGUUAGCUAUAUAGCGUUAGGGAUGAAAAGUUAAGACAGUGAGGUAUAUGGAACCAAUAAAAAAUGCUGGGCUCAACAACAGCUAAGUUUUGUAAUUUGUCUUCCAUAAUUUAUAUAAAUAUAUAUAGAAAGCUUAUCAAUA